AAAAACGGCUUGCCGUUUGUUCCGCUGAAAUAUUUAUCUCCUCUCCUUCUUUUACGGUUUGGCUCCAUACUUAAUACUUAUCGGAGUAAGUCUUUGACUCAGCCGUAACUCGGAGUCAAUACAAUACAAAAAUGGCGAAGACGCGAAACCGCCGAGUCACGCAGGGUUCGGAUAGCACUGAAAAACGAGUUGGCAGAACGCAAGCUCAAGUGAAUGAACCCGCCGAUUCAGCCGCUUCAAAUCGCAAGCUCAUCGCCGUUUUUGUCUUCUUCUUCAUAGUAAUUCCCGCUGCAUCCGUACUGGUGUACCAUAUCAAAUGCCCUUCAAAUACAAAUAAUACACGCCGCCAACAGAGCCUUAUUCAAGCUGAUGUUAAUUACCAAGAUAUCCUCACUGAGCAUUCAAAGGUUUCAAAAAAUGCAUCUCACCGGGAAUUUACUCAUCCUGUAUUGGCUUACGUUACUCCAUGGAAUGCUAAAGGUUAUGAAAUGGCGAAGAGGUUUACUAAUAAGUUCACGCAUUUGUCGCCUGUUUGGUAUGAUCUUAAGAGUAAAGGCAGUGAGUUAAUACUGGAGGGGAGGCAUAAUGCUGAUAGAGGAUGGCUCUCGGAGAUUAGAAAGAAUGGGGAUGCCUUGGUGUUACCUAGAGUUGUUCUUGAAGCAUUUCCAAUGGAGAUGCUCAUCAAGAAGAAUGUCACGGAUUAUGUCAUUGAGCUUCUAGUAUCAGAGUGCAAGGAAAUGGAAUAUGAUGGUAUUGUGCUUGAGUCCUGGUCAAGGUGGCAAGGUUAUCUUAUCUUGCAUGAUCUAAAGACAAGAAAAAAGGCACUACAGUUUAUAAAGCAACUUGCAGAUGCAUUGCACUCUGUGAGCUCCACGAGGAACAUUAAGCAACAUUUACAGUUAAUCUACGUUAUAGGUCCACCACACUCAGAGAAGUUUCAACCAUAUGAUUUUGGACCACAGGAUCUUCAGAGCUUGAGCGAUGCUGUAGAUGGUUUCUCACUUAUGACCUAUGACUUCUCAAGUCCAAAUAACCCCGGUCCAAAUGCACCUUUGAAGUGGAUCCAUCACGUCCUGCAGCUACUCCUUGGUGCCAGUAGCAAUGGUGCUCGGGCCCCAGCCUAUAAAAUAUUUCUUGGCAUCAGUUUUUAUGGAAACGAUUUUCAUUUUUCUAAAGGUUCUGGUGGUGGAGCUAUAGUUGGGAGAGAUUACCUUUCUUUGCUGGAGAAGCACAAACCUAAACUGCAAUGGGAGAAGAACAGUGGGGAACAUUUUUUCCUCUAUGUUGAUGAUGAAGAUACCAAGCAUUUAGUGUUCUACCCCUCAUUAAUGUCACUUUCUCUGAGGCUAGAUGAAGCUCGGUUGUGGGGUACUGGUGUCUCAAUUUGGGAAAUCGGGCAAGGCCUGGAUUACUUUUUUGAUCUUUUGUGAAAAAGAAACUAUAUGUUAGAAUGUACAAUAAUUUUAUAGAAACAGUUUGUUCUUUUCUAGACGGCGCAUUAAAAAAGUUUCAAUUCAGUGAGAGUUUCUUGCACAGUUAUUGAUGUCAUUUGGUUAUGGCUGGAACGUCCUGUUUUAUUAAGAAUAACCAAAUAAAGCAUUUAAGACAUCUUUUAUUUCC